UAUGGUGAUGUGAUAGACACUUUAGGAGAAAAUGGAGAGCGGGGAAUCCUGCAGUUUCCUGCUGCUGCUGUUAAUACAAAUUGCUUGGACACAAAUCCUGCUGAGUGAGUAAGACAGGAAGGUAUGGGAGAUAGAGGGAGGACAUGCAGCCAAGGACCACGGGCGGGAAUCGAACCCGGGUCGCUGCAGUAAGGACUGGGCAUUAAUGCUUUCCUGAAGCAGCAGGUCAGCCAUUGCACCAUCAGCAUGGUGGUGGAUAGAGACUGCAGCAAGCUGCAGGCCCUCCACAUGAUCACCUACACAGGCCUACGCGUCCUCUCUGGGAAGAAUGAAAAUGCUACAGUGGUUGCCGUGGUCCUGACGUCAGCCAAUCUCAGGUCUUUAGAGGAGACUCUGUCUCCUGUGGAGCUCGGCCCAGCAAUGACCCUCGAGCCCACCCUGGUCAACUCCACCCUCUGUCUCAACGUGGUGCAGCAGGUUUCUCUGGUUGUGAAGUACAACCCUGCAGGAGAAAUAGUGAAUGUCUCCGCCGCUCUGGUGCUGGGGCCUGUGAGCGGAACCGCACUCUCACUGGAGCUGCAGUUUGGGAUUACAUUUGUCCAGGAAGAAGACGGCCAAGAAGGGACAGUCCAACGCAGUGGGAAUCCUGGUUAUGUGACUGGGCUCCCAGUAAUAUCUGGGACGAAAACAGCAAAAUAUCCUUUACUGGUGUCCAGUGCAUCUUAUUAUAUUAUAUAUACUGGAAGCAUUCAUCAUUCAGACCUUUUCCUAUGUUACAGCCUUAUUAUGAUACCCACAAAUUAGGUGGAAUGCAGCGCUCAACUAUUGUUCUUCAUAAGUUUUAUUAUUUUUCUUUCUUUCUUUCUUUCUUAUUCUCUACAAACUUUGGGACCUAUCUCCUUCCUCAAUUGCUCACCUAGAGACUCCAUUCAAAUUUUAAAAUAUUCAGAAUAGCUUGGAAUCACACGCUUCUUUUCGGAUUUUUCAUAUAUUUUAUACUUUUUAAGAUAUUCUACUUUUAAAAUGCAGUGUAGGGAGAAGGAUAAAGCCAUGCAAGCCAAUCAGAAUCCUCUGAAUCAACAACAACGAAUAACACGAGCGACAUCCUGUUCCUUUCAAAACAGCAGUUGAAUUCAUUUUGGCCGUGUUCACAUCUAGCGUUUUUUGUAAUAGGGAAAAGUUGAGCCGACCGUUUUUUCAACAAAAAGAAAAGCUGGUAGCGUUUUUUUGCCCUAAAAGCGCAGAGAGCGUUUUUUCUAUCGCCUAGCAACGAACCCAUUC